UCAGUUCAGUUUAGAACGUGGGCUUGAACCCGAUGUGGAAAUAGAAGAAGAUAUUAAAGAAUUAAAGCAGAAGCCAAGAGGAGGCAGAGUAAAGUCCCACAAACAUACAUACAUUUGUGCUGCCAAGUGUUGCGCGGUUGAGAGGUGUUCUGGUGGCCCGUGCCCAAGUGUGAAGUGUGUUCAAACUUAAAUUCCCGUUCUUUAUAUAUUGAAAUUCUGUGUGAAUUGUGAGACUAGAUUUUUAGGCUUCUUCGCCAGACUCGGUCAAUUGCGGUGCUUUAUGCUUUCGGUUAUCCUUUGGCUUUGACUUCUUACCUUAAGUUGGCAAUGAAAAGAAUGUAUAAGAAGCAAAAAAAAUUGAAUUAAGUUUUUAGUAUUUAUACUCGUAGUGAAAUACUAAAGGCGAAUUAAAGUGCGCUUCAUCAGACAAUAAACGCUUGCUAGCUGCAAGUUGGCCGCUGCUAUCAGACACGUUGGCCGAAAUUCGGCAAAAAAAUAAGUGAAAUCUCGACAGCCAGUGAUUGGAAAGUGGUGGCUAAGUGGAAAUAAGCGAUAAGUGGUGGAGGCAAAAAGUCUAGGCGAAAUAGCGCCACCAAAAUCUGAGUGAAAAUCGUGAUAGCGUGCAAGCAUAGUGCUCAGUGUGCAGUGAAGACGCAAGCACGUGUAUGUUAGUGUGUAUGUUAGUGCAAUUAUUAAUAUUGCGUGUUUGUAGCGCGUUUCUUCCAGAGAAAAAAUUCCAAACCGCGUGGGCGCAUAAAUUUUAAUUAAACGCCCAGCCGCCUCCCUUAACAGCCGUUCGUGCUGUCCGCGCCUCAGCUCACGGUUUCCGUCACACAAUCAGCGUCAUCAUCAGCAAUAUCCGUUGUGAUAGUGAAAAACAGAACAAGGAUUCGGAGCGUGCCUCUGGGAGAACAACGAAAUCAUCGUUACCAUAAAUUUCGAAAUGUUUCAUGUGCGACAGUGUGUUGAAGUGAUGGAAAGAAACUAAGAGAAAACGAGCCAUAAUGAUCAGAGAUCAUGUUUUAUACCACAAAAAUAACCAAAAUGUUAAAUUAAAUUAAUAUCUUAUAACUUUUAAUUAAAGCUACGAAUACAGCUCGAAUUUAGGACUUUUGUAAGCUAGACAAAAUGUGCAAUUGCCACAGUGAGCCACCACGAGUUCAGCGCCAAGGUGCCGAGCGGCUUUCCAUACCCAGCGAAACGUGUUUUUCUCGGUCGCGCAGCUGCGCUCGUGAAUAACGUACGGCGGAUCGUUCUCCCACAUAGAGUCACUACACAAUAACACUAACACGCACAGCGAACAAAUACAACAAUAACAACAUAGAACAACAAAUGUGUUCUUUGCUCUCAGGAAGUGAGUAAGUUGUCUGCGUUUAAAAGCGACAGGGGAAGUGAGAGGUGCUAGCAGGCGAAGCAACAGCUAAACCGCAACGCCCCUAAAAGCCGGCAACACUACAAAGUUUAUUGGCACGAAAAAUCAAAACGGCAGAAAAACCACAAACACCGUUAAGCGAGGUAAAUGCCAAGGAAAAGAGAGUUUAAAAGUGCGGAACCGAAGUGGUGAACAGUCAAAACAGCGGAAAAAGGUUACAAAAAGACGGAAGAGGAGUGUGAAGGACCGUAUACGAGAAGCAAGCAAUUGAGGAAAAACAGACGAAAACACUCCAACCGACGCUUAAGUGCAAUAACGACAGAAGCAGCAAUAACAACAAAACCCUAACAGAGCAACUGCAACAUCAAUAACACAAUCAACAACAACAAUAAUUGCACGUAGUAACAUCAAAAUACAAGCAUUUCUUCCACUGCUACUCACACUUUCUAAAGUCCAUGGGAAUUCCAAAAAAAUGUGUAAAAAAUUGCACUUGAUGUCUGAGGACUUUAAGUGCCGACAAUAGGAGCCCAUAACAUCCAAAUAGUCUCAAAUGAUAGAGCAUAAAUGGUUUUCUAAAAGCCAACUGCUUUGUCGGAGGACAAAUUCAACAUUCCUGGGUGAAAGUUCCAGGACAAACGUCUGUCAAGAAAACCAUUUCAGUCUACAUUCGAAGUCAUCGCUCCAUUACUUCCUAAACAUUACCAUUUUACUAAAGGUUUUAGGUGAAUAAUAAACGCUCCCGAGAAUCUUCAACCAACAACACGUUCUAACAAGAAAUAAAAUAAGCAGUCUAUAAACGAGAUGUGUGUGCCGAGUCGCAUACGUAACAAAAAUUAAGCGAUUGUUCUGAGUAUUUCGGUUAUAGAAUAGCAAAGUGGCAAUUUAACAACUAUUUUCCAAAACACUACACAGUAAAUACCUGAGUUUGCAGCUGUCGACGGUGACCAUCACCAUUGUGAAUAAUUACCCACGCAAAAUAAUAAUAUAAAGAGUUUAAAAUUUCGUGAAAGUGUGUAAAUUGAAUUUGAAAAUGAAUUUGAUUGUGGCCACAAUGAGUUUCGUGAAAGCAAGUAGCCACCAAACUGCAAACAUCACUCUCACCGCUGUCAGCUGGUUACUGCUGGGGUUUGGAUUGCUCAUUUCAUUGCCAGUUUGCACAGCUGGCCCGCAUGAGAAACGCCUUCUUCACGCCCUGCUCGACAACUACAACAGUCUGGAGCGACCCGUCGUCAACGAAUCCGAUCCACUGCAGCUGAGCUUCGGGCUGACGCUAAUGCAAAUCAUCGAUGUGGAUGAGAAGAAUCAAUUGCUAAUAACAAAUAUUUGGCUCAAAUUGGAAUGGAAUGAUAUGAACUUGCGCUGGAACUCAAGCGAGUAUGGCGGUGUACGGGAUCUCCGCAUUCCCCCACACAGACUUUGGAAACCGGAUGUGCUCAUGUACAACAGCGCCGAUGAGGGUUUCGACGGCACCUACGCCACCAAUGUUGUGGUCCGAAAUAACGGCUCGUGUCUGUACGUGCCGCCCGGUAUUUUUAAGUCCACCUGCAAAAUCGACAUCACGUGGUUCCCAUUCGACGAUCAGCGCUGUGAAAUGAAGUUCGGCUCUUGGACAUAUGAUGGCUUUCAGCUGGAUUUGCAAUUGCAGGAUGAAGCCGGCGGUGACAUCUCAAGUUUCAUAACGAAUGGCGAAUGGGACUUGCUAGGCGUGCCCGGUAAACGAAAUGAAAUCUACUAUAAUUGCUGCCCAGAACCUUAUAUUGACAUAACGUUCGCCAUUUUAAUACGACGGAAAACUUUGUACUAUUUUUUUAACUUAAUUGUGCCGUGCGUACUGAUAGCCUCAAUGGCACUGCUAGGGUUCACACUGCCCCCCGAUUCUGGUGAGAAGCUCUCGCUCGGAGUUACAAUUCUACUAUCGCUAACAGUCUUCCUCAAUAUGGUGGCCGAAACGAUGCCAGCGACCUCAGAUGCAGUGCCGCUCCUAGGAACUUAUUUCAAUUGCAUUAUGUUUAUGGUGGCCUCAUCAGUUGUGUCAACCAUACUUAUCCUCAAUUAUCAUCAUAGAAAUCCAGAUACGCAUGAAAUGAGUGAAUGGAUAAGAGUAAUAUUCCUUUAUUGGUUACCUUGCAUAUUGCGGAUGCAAAGGCCGGGACAGGUCGGCUAUGAGUGCCCACCGCCGCCGUCUUCAUCGAGCUCUUCCAAUGCCGGCGAUAAAAAACACCAGAUGCAGAACGUCGAACUGAAAGAAAGAUCAUCGAAAUCAUUACUCGCCAAUGUUCUGGACAUCGACGACGACUUCCGUUGUAACCAUCGCUGCGCCAGCGCCACGUUGCCCCAUCAACCGACUUACUAUCGCGCCAUGUACAGGCAAGGCGAUGACGGCAGCGUCGGUCCGGUGGGUCCCGUCGGCCCUGUCGGCGAUGCGCGGAUGCACGAAGCCAUGUCGCACACCUGCCUCAGCUCAUCUGCCGAGUAUGAAUUGGCGCUUAUCCUGAAAGAACUGCGAUGGAUCACAGAUCAGCUGAAGAAAGAGGACGAAACGGGCGACGUAACGCGCGACUGGAAAUUCGCAGCGAUGGUAGUUGAUCGCUUGUGCCUUAUAAUUUUCACGCUGUUUACAAUAAUUGCCACACUGGCGGUACUCUUCUCUGCGCCACAUUUCAUUUUCCCAUAAUUUGUGUCAAUGUCUAAAGUCUGGCAACUACAAGUGCAACAUUUGGUUCAGGCGACAGCGCGGAAAGCUACGAUUACAAUCAAGAAACUUUUAUUCGUCGUUUUUGUGUUUCAAUGUCAAAUGUCAACAGAGCGAUUUCAACCUCUAACUAUGGAAGGAAAAAAUCAACAACACAUGUAGCAAAAAAUGUUAAAAUAACAAAAACAAAAUGUGCCUCAGUCAACGAAAGAAAAAUUGUAAUUUUAUGCCGAAGUUGUAACAAUUUUAGGUUUUUACGCAGUAAAUGAUAAAAGUAAAGCGACAACACCCAAAUGUUAAUAGACUCUUGAAUUUUCUCCAACUAAUUUUGAUCCGUGAACCAAACACAUAACAGUACAAUUUCAAUGAAGUAUUAACUUCAAUUCGAUUAACACCACAAUGAUGACUCGGUCUAAAUUGGGAUUGACAAAUUUCACAAUUAUUCAAUUAUUGCUGUUUCUUGGGGCGUCCGAGAAGGUGCUAAUUUAUACGACAGACAACCCACUUUUAAACCCUCUUUCUACAAUAUAUAUUUGAUCAAACAUCGACAAAUAUUGGGGCUUUAUAGAGAACUAAAAGCACUUAAAUAUGGUAUAUAGGCUCGCAUACUCUUAGCCAUAUAACAUCAAAUACAUAUUAGUUUGAGAAUCAACUAAUUGAGUUGAGCUCAGUGCUGAGGCGUUUGGUUCGCGCGCUUUUUUUUCCUUUUCUCUCAAAUUUCAUAGCUAUGUUUUGGUUGAACUAAGUUGAAUUGGAUAUAAGGAAAAAGGCAAUAAUUAAAAGUGAAUAAGAGUUCGCUGUGAUAAGUAAAAAAUUGCUGGUGUAAAAAUGUGCAUGAGGAAUUUAAUUCGCAUGCAGAAAAUGUCAAAUGUACACUGUAAGAUAUGUGUGUCUAACUCAAAUUGUAAAGCUAACUCGAAGUCGAUAUGCGGAGUACCAGGGAAGUGACAGCUAAGAGUCUUAUCAGUCAAUUGAUUGUCAAAUAGUGCGGAGACCCUGUAUUUCGAUGAUAUUAGUUUUUAUGAACCGAUUUCGAGUGGCUUAUACUUGGAAAUUUCACUUGACAUAUGAGCAUAGAGAAUGUGAUAAAUGAAAACGAAAGCAAAAUGUGAAUUAAGCGUAAAUAACUGUAUAUGUGGAAAAGAGUUGUGAAAAUUGCAAAGGCAUUUGCAGUCAUGAUUCUAACUAUGAUACAAACAAACAUACAAAAAAGAUUCUAACUAUCAGCAAAUCUAGUAAAGUGCUUCAUAACUAUAUAGGCUAUAGAUUUACGAGUCUGUGCAAUUAACAUUACACUCAUACAAUACUUACUUCCGCGAGACUGCAGCAGUCGAAGUACUCACAUUUCUCCGCACUCUCUUUCAAGAGAUCGCCCAAAUCAUUCUCUAACCGAACUCAAAUUGCCGACGUCGUAGGCAAAAGAGAGCACUCUGCGAAAAUAAAAAAUAUCUAUUGUACUUAAUAUCGAGAAAGUAUAAAGUUAACUAUUUUAUAAAGUAGAAAAAGGUAUAAGGAUAUUACCUAAGUACUUGUUAACGAGAAUAAUGCUCCAUAUACAUGCAAUACAUACAAUACAAUAACAAAAGAGAACACAAAUAAUAAUUUAAAAAAUAAAAGAGAAAACGAAAACAAAAACAAAAACAAAAGCAAAAACCGAAAAAUAGUAAAUAAUAUAAAAAUAAAAAGUUGGAAUUAAAACAGAAAAACACUUACAUUUGAAACAUGCAAUAUAAUUAGGAGAUAUACUUAAGUCUAAGACACAAUUACGGUUGAUGCAUUACAUAGCAAUAAGUCGUUGAAUUACAUGCGUAGCCAAUUGUAUAUUACAAACGUUUUGAUGCAAUUUAAACAGCAAAAAGUUAACAAAUUUCGUGCGUAGACUCUAGCCUCUAAGAUAUAUUAUAGGACACAGCGAGUAAAACAAGAUGAUUUAAGUCUAAAAAUGCAUGACAAUGCGCUAAAAGUCUUCAAUUAAAGCAAUCAUAACGAAAAUCGCAAUAGAAUUACAGAUAUAUGUGUAUGUAUGACUAUAUAGUGUAGGGAGUUUGAAUAAAGUUGCGAAUAAUACACUGCGAUAAUUGAGUAAAUUUUGUUAACGAAUAAUUAGCGAUAUUUUAGGUUAGUAUAAUGACCUUGGACACUCAUAGGCUUAUUAAUAGUGAGAGAGAGACACUGUGGCUAAAAACAAACUGAGCGCAGAACACAGAAAGCAAGAGCAAAUCACGAAUUGAUGGCGGUGGCGGUGUGCACAAUUUCUAUGUAUAUAGAUCAUUGUACACCCAGAACCUGCAGUAUGCUGCCCAUAAGAUCUCUCAGCUUCGCUUUUUUCGCUCCCUAUUUAACAAGCUCUGUGCACUUCAGUAAUACAUAUGUAGUCUGGAGUAUUUUGACAGCAUAAUUUUGCCUUCCCGCGCAACUGUUGCGUAGGUAAUACAUAAAUUUGAAUUAAACCAACAAUUUUGGCCUUGAAACGUAGGCAUACAUACACACAUAUUUGUAUGGCAACAUUCUUGCAUUUGCAUUGGAAAACGAUAAACAAUAAAAUUUCUAUUCACUCAACGUUAGCAUAGUUAUAGGCGCAGCAACCAUAUAUCUACCAUACGCAUACUCACAAAUAUAGUUACGAAUAUAUACAUAUUUAUAUAAAUAGCGAAUUGGAAAUUAUUUGUGUCACAUUGACAUGCUUUUGUAUCGACAAACAAAUAGCCAAAUACAUAGUACAUACCGUACAUAAAGUUAGUGUUACAAAACAUACGUACAUGCCUACAUAUAGAACGGUACAUCCGUAUGCAGCAAAUUAGAGAAGCAACAAGAGCGCUAGGAUUAUAUAAUAUGAGCAGAAACUUUAGCUAUAUGCAGACAUUAACAAAUAUUACUUGGCAAGUCGCAGUCACAAUAGAUAAAUGCAACAGUUUUAGCUUGUAUACACACACACAUGUGUAUCUCCAUAACUGACACACCCACGCCAACAUAUGUGGGCGCUUGGAAUGAGUGGAAGAUCCACGUUGAAGCGAAGCUUCAGUUUAGACAAGCGCGGUUAUUUUUAUUACAAUUAGACGCAGUUAGAGAAGAAGAAGACAAUUAGCUAGUAAAUCGAAAUUAUUACAAUCACGAACACAUUUGUACAUACACACACACACGCUUGCACAGAGUGGCUUCAUCUCAUCACUAACUGCUGAAGCUCUUCGCAGCGAUCCACCGCCGCCUGCAACACUUCCGCGGCUAUAAGUUUGUAAAUACCCCCGCAACUUACGCCAGUUCCCCGCCCCUUCCAUGCACACACACACACAACUGCACAGAACACGCGUACAUAUAUAAAAGAAUAUGUAUAGAUUUGAAGCACACAAUGACAAACCGAGCAAAAUUGCACGCGAAAGUGCAAGCAAAUAUGGAAAUUUGAAUGCGAGAAAACAAUGGUCUUCCUUAAAGUUAAAUUGUAACAUAGGCAAAACUAAGCGCAUAAUACGCAAACAAAACCAAAAAUAUAUACAUACAUACGUACAUUAUGCGCGUAAUUAAAUAAUACAUACAUAGACGUAAGCAAAACGUAGAAACUCGUUUAGAGUUUCAAUUUCAGUUGAUAAGUUUCAUUAAAUUAAGUGAAAGAGCGAUAUGGAAUAGAACAUUCGACAACCUUACUAUAUUUUGCUAGACACCCGAUUGACACUGUUAUUGAACAACCCUAGCAUUGUGUGACCUCCACACUUUCUCAUACACACGCCGUCGGAAGAAACGCGGCUACAAUGGGGGAUUCCCGUGAUAUGCGCAGAAAAGAAAGAGGGUACACACUUAGACAUGAUUAUAGCUACCAAAAUUAUUUAUUAGAAAAGUGUUAGAAUCGUUUCAAAAGAAGACAACUUUCUAUCAAACAUUUCAUAGUUUUACUUCUUUAAGAACACCUAAGUAUAUACAAUUUUAGGAAUUCUGGUUCAAGUCUAUAUAUUUUUGAACAUUUGAUACAUUUUAGUAUUUAAUUAUUUAAUUUUAGCAUUGAUAUAAAUUUCUGCUCUAGCUCCGAGCCGCUACUGAGGCCAAUAAAUGCGCAAAUACCGGGCUCGGCCAAUGACAUGACGAAGAGGGUUGCCCCUUAACUUGUUCGCUUUUGUUAAGUGUUGGGCUUUAAUUCCAGUAUAUAAAUAGUUAUAAACAAUAAUCUGCUCGAUAAAUAUCUGUCUCUAGCUAGUACUUAGAGCAGCCAAUUCAGAAAUACCAAAGAAAUUCUCUAUAAAAAAAUGAAGUCGGAUGCUACCUUUAACACCAGGGCGACUGGAGCGAUUUUGAUAGUAUCGAACUUGUUAAAUUCGUCUCCGCUCCUAAUGGCAGCAAAACAUAGAAUUUAGAAAUCUCUCACUUAAAAAAUUAAGAUACAAUAAUCUAUAAAAAUUUCUAAACGCAUAAAGAAUUGGAAGAAUUGGA